CUAGGCUAGCACGUUAGCUUUGGUUGUAUUUACCCAGAAUGCCCUGCACUGUAGUCCACUUCCUGAUUUUGGAGCGGAAGUGGACUACCUCUGGUCCACUUGGCGUUCACAUUCAAACUGAACCAGAGUUCACUUAAACCGAACCCAGACCGAGGUUUGGAGGACCAGAGGUCAGAGGUCGAUUAGCGUUCACACCUCAGCAACCGGACCAGACUUUGACUAGACAGACGGACUGGAGUCAGGUUGAAGCGGACUGGACCUGGUUCUGUUUUUGGGAACUUGUGGUCAGAUGUCUGCAGUAGAAUGAAAAGCUAAUAGGACAGAUUUCUCUCCUUUCGCUUGUUGAGGUUUUCAACAUGUUGAUCUGCAGGUUUCCUGAUUUCUUUCUGAUUUCCUGUUUAAAGCUUCCUUGUCUUUAAUUGGUCAAAGUGAGCGGCUCUUUCUGGAUCUGUGGUCAGGUUUCCUGUCUCUGUUUUUAUGUGACGUUGUGUGAAGCAGAAGCAGCAUCUUGCUGGUCCAAAGCUGAUGUCUGUUUGGUGUGGAUCGAUGCAGAUCCUCCUGGCAGCCUCCAGAGGGCGUCUGCUGCGUUGCUUCCCGCGUUCAGAGCCUGGUUCUGAUUGGUUCAUUGACUGGCUUGUUGUCUUGGGAAGCGUCUCUCCGAGUGAAGAACGACCCGUGCUGACCCGACCGGACCUGUAGCGCUGCUGCUGUGAGCGGACGCUUUGGGAUCAGGAUCUGGAAUCGGACCCGGCUCCGCUCUCUGCUCGCUCCGCGGGUUUGCCGGAGCUGGAAUGCAGCGAAGCAUAGUUUGGUUUGUGAGCCAUAAUCAAAUCAAAAUGUGUCUGCAUACUUUCCCAUGGGGAGCGGAGGAGCGGAGGAGGGGGUCCAAUUAAAUGGUGACACUCGGAGAGAAUGGCAGAUAAACAGACGGAUAAUCAUCAGGAAUGGCUCAAACAAAGGCCGCAGGAGCGGGAGGAGGGCGGCCGCUGGUAUUCCGGGUUAUUUUUGGACGUUUUCAGAAGCAGAAACGUGUUUUUACGUAACUCUGCAUCAGGCUGCAGCUAACGAGCUAACAUACCAAAAUGUUUCAGGACGGAGACGGAGAGUGGGAAUAAUGCGGAGUCACAUCUGUGGCUCAUUAGGCUGACGACACCUUUUAAUUCCAGCUCUCAUUACGGCCGGAACGACGGGACCGCGAUCCGAGCCGCUUCCCGGUCCAGCAGGAAGCUUUGGAGGAGCGGAUAAUUAGGAGAGAUCUGCUUUAGCAUCAGACUAAUUGAAGGCUGAGCGUCGUGUUUACGGACUCACCAAAACAAGUUUAAACAUCCUGCUGCUCAUUUAAACCCCUCAGAGCUGUGAUUGGUGGAACAGCAGCCAAUCAGGGCCCAGAGCUGAUCAGUUCCUCUCAGGUCUGCAGCCAUGUUCAGCUCCUUCACCUUCAUGAUCCGGUUCACAUCAAACCGAGUUCGGCUGCUGCUGCUGAGCGUUUCCAUGGAGACGGGGGGUCACAGGGCCGCUGCACACACAGUGACACACACACACACACACACACACUCUGACCCGGCGGUAAUCUGUUUCCCAAAACGUUCCACACGCCAAAGUUUCCACUUCAGACAAACUUAAAUACUCAGGCUGUGAAAGAUAAACAGAACCAGAACCUCCUGCUGGAUAACUGGACCUUAACAGGAUUACAACUUGCUGCACAACGUGGCGCUGAGUCACCAUGGAGGAGUCAGCCGGUCCGGACCUGCUGGACCCGACCAGAACCAGACCUGGACCAGGGCCAGGUCAGCUGUAGCUCUGACUGAACCUGUCCUGUCGGGAACCAGAACCUGCCGAUCCAGACGGAUCAGUGUUUCCAUGGAGACGGGGGUCACAGGAACGGCGCUCUGGUCAGGAGGUCUCACUCCAUCCGACUUUUAAAAUGUCACAAAGCAGAAAAUGUGAAUUAGUCGUUUCCAUCUGCUUUUCUGGAGAGAACAACCAGGUUGGACAGGAAGUGAUGUCAUCAGAUGGUGGCGCUACGCGUGGCUGUGAUGAACAGGAAGUGGAAGCUGCUAACUAGCAUGUAGCGAGUUGGUGCGAUGCUUCAAACUGAGCAUAAAAAGUGAUGGGAACAUAAAACAGGGCCGAGUUUCACUUGAUUUAUUGUUGGUUUUGUCCCUGAACGUCUCUGAGGUGUUUAUGUUCGGCUGAGCAGCCUGAGGAUUAACGUGACUGAAGAUCGCCUGUCAGAGUCUCCUCUGCAUCGUCUCUGAAGGAUAAAAGCUUUUUCUCCAGGAGGAAAAUUAAACAAGAAGAGAAACACAAAACCCUGAGUUUGACAGAAAUCUGCUCAGAUCGUGGCCUAGUUAAAGUCCGGUCCAGACUCCAUCUGAACCCUGUUCACAGAUGAAGUUCCCAUCCUGCAGCCUGUUGGCCCUUCCAGCAGAGACUCCCGCCGCACCAAUCAGAUUCAGCACCCGUCCAUCAGAGUCUUUAUCAGACAUAUUUAUUAAACUGUGACUUUAACCCCUGCUGCACCAGGUGAGUCCUUCACGGCGACCUCACGUUGACCCCGGGCAGCAGACGAAGGGGACGUGUGGGAUAUGUAAUCAUUAGAAGCUGCAACAUAGAUCUGAUUUAAAUAGACAGCAGCCGCCAUGCAAAUCUGCUGGAUGAGCGUGAGAUGCUCCCUGAUCCUCUGGGAGAUGAAGCUCAUCCAGCAGAGACAUGAUGCAUGUUUACGACGUGCUGCAGGUUGGAAAUGCAUCGCUGCACCUGGAAGGCCCAACAUGGCAGGUUCUUCUUCAUCGUGAAGCCGGUCGGUUCGGUUCUGGAACCUCUUAUUGUCUCUGACUGGUUCUGUCAGUCGGUUCUGGUUUUAGAGGAAUCCUCAGAGGUUUGGGUUUGAUUCAAAAACCAAACAAAUGUUCAAAACUGAGAGCUCAGUGAUGCUAACUCCCACCUGCAGGGGGCAGCGUUUCCACCGCUGCCUCAGCCUUAUUGAUGUGGCAAGUAACAAAAUCCAGCUGUUUAAGUUCAAAGAAUAAAAAUGUUUCUUUUUAGAUAUUUUUGUAUCUUUUAUCCAAAGCAACACAAAGUCAGCGAUUCUGAUCCAGAAACUAUCGUGAGCUCCUGGAGGGCCGAUCUCAGGUCCAGUGGUCCGUCCUCAGUGUGAUGGUCCGGCCUGUUCUAACGGGGUCCAGACAGAACCGGGUCGUCUCAUUUCAGGAACUAAACUGGAAUAAAAUCAAGGAAGUUGGUAGUCUGUGUAGUUCACUGGGACCCGGAGGACAGACUCUCAGGUUUGGACUGGGAGGAAGCCAGAGUACCCAGAGAGAGUCCAGCCAUCCACAGGGAGAGCGUUCUGACAGAGACGGCCUUGACCUUUGAACCCAGGAGCUCGUUGCUGCUCUGCAUCGUCACCCUGAAUGAAGAUCAUCAGUCACUUCAGGAACUACAGAUUCUCCUUCUGUGUUCAUCAGCUAGCUGAAGCCGUAGCUUCCUAGUCCUGAUCUCCAUCCGACCCCUGCUGCAGUUCCAGCUCCUCUUUCCGACCCAACGGGCCGCUGGAGAAACUUUCUGCCGUUCGGUUUAUUAUUUCCACUGACAAAUUACAUUUUGAGGGAAAUCUAAUGCAAAUGUGGCCGUACCCUCUGUCCACAGAAACCAUAUCCGUGUCUCCGCUGGGCUUGUUUGAACACAGCAGAUGUAAAUUUAGACUCCGCUGCUCGCCAUGCAAAUCCACAGGUGGGUCCAGUUUAAAAGGAGCGUGUGGUGAGAUGUUCGAGAAACGAAAAGCCCAAAUUACAAACAGGAGAGCCUCUUAAUGCAAAACCACCAGAGGAUAGAUGGUGUUUAGAUGCAGCGGCGCAGUGGAUGAGAUCGAGGUGCGUAAAACCAAAAACACCGUUUAUUUUUCAGUAAAUUUAAAAGCUGAUGUCUGUUUACAACAUCUCUUAACACUUACCACAUCAUUAAUCCUCCUGUUUGUUGAUCAAAAACCUGAACUUUAGUGUGCUUUCAGAUUGCCUCGUUCCUCAGUGACGCAUCUUCUGAGAAUUUAUCAUUUACCAAACUGAGAACGGAUGUAAACUGAAGGUUCGACACCAGACAGAGCGUUAAUUUGGGCGUGAGAAAGAAUCAUCAGACUGUUAGAACCGAACAGGUUACGUAAGACGACAUGCAGCUUCUGAUGUGCCAAAGUCAGUCAGCAGCGUGGCUGUUAUAACAGGAACUAUUUCUGGUUUAAUUCCUGCAGAAUUUGUAAAAACGUCCAGAAUCGGUGAAAAUGGGUUCUGUUGGGUCCAACUCCACGUUGGGAUUCGAUCCCAGUUUCUUCCUGAACGGCAUCACGGCUCUGCUGGCCUCCAACGUGCUGCUGGGUCUGCCGGCCAACGGCUACGUGGCCUGGAUGAUAGCGAGCGAAUCCAGCGUCUCGGAGCUCUUCGCCCUCAACCUGGCCGUCGCAGAGAUCCUCUUCGGCUGCUCGUCUUUCUACGUCAUGCUCCACUUCCUGCUCAGGAUGUCCGAGGCGGUCGGGGUUCUGGUUCUGAAGCUGUUCCUGCAGCUCAUGCUGAUUUCUCGGCCGCUCUUUCAGACCUGCAUCUGUCUGGAGCGUUACAUGGCCGUGGUCCAUCCCACCGUCUUCAUCAGGCUGAAACCUCUGCGGUACCGUUUGGGUGUCUGCCUGUUCGACUGGCUGCUGAUCCUGCUGGACUUCAUGUUUCCCUUCCUCGGCCCGUCUCUCACCGUCUCUGCUUGCUACCUCAUAGCCAAGUCCCUGCUCUUCCUGUCCACCUUGUCUUACUGCGGCGUCCGAGUCCUGCUGGUCCUGCAGCAGCCGGGUCCGGGCGACGGCUCCCGCAGCGCUGUUAGCUGGAGCGCCAUGAAGAGGAAGGCCUUCAAGGUGAUCGUCAUCACCCUGGGGUUCAACAGCGCCACCCAGCUGCUGCAGAUCCUCAUGCUGGGCCCAACCGUCCUCACCGCGUCUCUGCUGCUCAUUCUGCAGCUCACGUUGUUCGCCCUCUCCAUCAGCAUCACCAGCAGCUUCAUCACUCCUCUGCUGUUCCUGCACAGAGCCGGAAAGCUGCCCUGCAUCAACUUCUAGCUGCUGCAGCCGCAGAGACCCAGUCAAGGUUCCUGCCGCAGCCUGAGCCGUGGAAAAACAACCUGUUCACAAACAAAACAAUAAAUUUCCCCAGAAACCUGAUUCAUUCUUCCCAAUGAUCCGUGACUGUUUUUUUGGGAAAUGCUAAUCAUUCCCAUAUUUUCUGUUUUCAGGCCUCUUCACUUGGGAAUUUGUGACGAGUGACUAGAGACUAACAUUAGCUUUUAUUGAGCCUCGAGGGCUCCUGUAGAUUCAUCCCUGAGCAGCUGAACGUUCCUGGUUCCUGUUGAAACGAGAAAAUUCCUUCCUGUUAUGACGGCUGUGAUCCAGACCAAUAAACGCAUCACUUCCUGUUAUGACGGCUGUGAUCCGGACCGAUAAACGCAUCACUUCCUGUUAUGACGGCUGUGAUUCGGACCAAUCAGGUAUCAGGGUUGGUACCUGGUGAUGUUGGUCUCUGGACGCCGGCGUCUGAAGACGGGACUGAAGGACAGACGGAGGUCAGAGACGGAGAUUCAUGGUGGAAACUUUCCAAACAGAUGAACUUUAACCCCUGACCCAGUGAACCCUAGUCCCACUGGUCCCAGUACUCCCAGUGUGGGAUGUAGUGAAGGAACUGGUGGAACUGGGUCCAGUUCCUCUGGUUGAGUCUCUCAGACUUGUCAUGUUGAAAGUCGUCUCCGUUCUCCAGAGAGAUGUUUGUCUACGGACAAGAACAGCGCCCCCAUCAGGUGUGUGUAGUCACUGCAGGCCACCGUAGCGCCCGGAGGCUCCAUGUUGAGGUUCUGUUCUCAGAGCCGGACUGGGUCGGACAUCAGGACCGGGUUCAGCUCCGGCUACCAGAACCUUCUGGACUCUUGGACGUCGGUUCCAGGAGCAUUCAGAGCUAAUCUGACUGGAGGAAACUGUAGAGUGAGGAAAACAUUUCCUCCUCUUCCUCCUCCAGCUGAUUUAUGGGCCGAUCUGUUGGUUCUGUUAAAAAAAGGCGUUCUGGACGGGUCAGAACCAGAACCACUCUUUGAUGAAUCGUUAGUCGCCUGAGCUGCAGCCAAGCUGCAGAGACAAACCGUGCAAACAUUUAGAGAGACGGGAGCUAAUGGGACGUGAUUAACGCGAGUCCGGGUCCAACGGGCUCCAUGUUGCUGUCAGAACAAACGGGUCGGGUCGCAAUUAAUGAGGUCAGCCCGGCAGCUGAGUCUUCCUCCAGAUGCUGCUGAGCUGAAACCGGUCCGGUCUCAGCAGGAACUCUGGCUGCAGAGCCGAGGCCCGGUCAGCGGCUCGGAUCAGAACCAGGUCCUCCGUUGGUUCUUUCUGUUCGUCCCAGAACAGAAAUUUUGGGUUCUGCCGACCCAAAGCAUCUUUCCUGGACAAAAACAAAUAUUCAACAGGAAUACUCCAGAAACCGUUCAGCUGAACCGGUUCCUGUCCGUGACCCGGUUCUGUGAAGCUUCACGAGUCCUGAACCGGCCUGGCUGGACCCAAACUACAUGACCUCAUUUUCUGUGGUUGUCAUGGUGAUUUUACCUCAGGUGAAAUUAGCCUGACGGAUAAAACAGGCAGAGGAAAAUGAGGAAGAGGAGGGAAGGAGGAAGAGGAGGCGCGUGGCCCAGAACCACAGAGCGGUUCUGCUUUGAUCAGUCCGCCCACAGACUGUCUCUGGUUCUGGUUAACUGGGCCUUGUUUCCAGCUUGUUUUUCCAGUUCCUUAACUGGAGUCCGACGUGUAACUCGGGACCGCAGCGUGGAGACGGACGCUGGACGGUUGGUCCAAACGUCCUGACAGCGUCUGAAGGUCCAUCAGCUGCAGACCCACCAGACCCGGGAACUAAUCCUGAUCCACAGCACAGCUGACCCAGUUACUGGCAGAAUCAGAACCACUUUAACCUGAAGUGCAAAUAAAAGUCCAGAACGAGGCUAAUGAGCUAAUGAGCUAACAGCCAAGCUAACCUGACUGCUAACUUUGAAAACACGUAGAGCUCUUAGCUUCUCCUACAUUGUUUUUCAUUUUUAAUGAUUCUUAAAUUAAUUGUUUUGUUGUUUUGUAAACUUUCAGUUAAAGUUCAACUUCUUUGUAGAAGCUAAAUUACACUAAAUGUUUGUGUAGCACUUUAGAUUCCAUUAAUUAGCAUGUUAGUAUAGUGAUUUAGCAUUAGCCUCUGCUAAAUAUGACAUUUAUGUAGCCCCUUAGCAUUAGCUUCCAGUAACCAUGUUGGUGCUUUGCUUUAGCGUUAGCUUACGCUGAAUAACAGAGUUAAUGUAGCGUUUAAACAUCAGAACAGAACCAGCGAAACACCUCUAAACGGGUCCAAACUGGAUUCAGCUUUACAAACCGGGCCAAAUAAAAUCUCUAACAGAAUCGGGCCUGUUACCAGAACCAAACAGGUCUGAAACCAGUUCAGAAAACCUUCAGCUUCCAAUAAAUAAACCAGUUCAGAUCUUUGUGAUCAGAGUUUAUCGAGUCAGGUCCAGAACCAGGACCAGCUCCAGAACCAGAGCCAAACGAGUCUAAAAUCCACUUCUUGAUGCUAAUCAGAACCACCAACUGGUCCAACGGAUCAGAAUGGGAAGAAUGAUAAUGAUUAUCAGUGUUUAAGAGACGGACCCGGUACUGAUGGACCGACCCGGUACUGAUGGACCGACCCGGUAGGGGAACCAGAGCUAAGCUGCUUUGCUUCAUUUCUCAGUUCAUCAGAUUAAAAACCCACUGAGUGGAAAAUAAAACAAUGUUUCUGACC